AUGUCCAAGGAAACACAUCCUACCUCACUCGGGUCACCUUACAACGCUCAGUCCACUGCGACUCUCCGCUCCACGACAUCUCAGUCGAGCACCAACUCUGCCUUUACCAGCAGUGACAGAGCAGGCAAUACGACGGUUCAGCCCUCCUCAACAGACAAUGAUCGAUCCAUCGGUCACGGCCUCACAACGAUCCUUGUCAAGGGUAACCUGGUUCAUUCGGACCUUGCAAGUGGCGACACUGAUGAUGGUGGCGACAACAAGUCCGUCUCCUCCCAGCGUGUUCGCAAGCGGGACAAGCUGUUCGGAUUCUUUCGACCAUCGACCUCAACACCCAGGGACAAUCAGUCGCAGAGUCCCAAGACAUCUCUUGACCGAUUCUCCACCGCUAGCACCGAAGCGAAUCUUCAUCGCCUCUCAAUUAUCAGCACUCAGUAUAGUGGUGACAUCGAGUAUGAGGUUGAAGUUUCUAGCAGUGUUGACAUCGAACAUACAGUCUCCAUCAGCGAGGUCAAAAGUCUUGCUUCCUGUGCCCAGCCGUCAGCUCUGCCGGCCAUAACACGCUUGGACGUCUUUCCACAAAAUAUCAACGCCCCUGUCGUCCUCAUCGCUUUACAAGACUUCGGUUCCCGCAUUGAUACCACUCCUCAGCUGGCCCUAUGUCUUGGAUUGCUCCCCAACAGUGUUGUCCCCAUUGACCAGCAAGAGGAUCCCUUGCAGAUCCUGUGGUCUAGCACUCCUGCCCAUCUUGCCUGGCUUGGUGCUUUGAAGGAAGACCCCGUUGAGCAGGAACGUCUGCGAUGGCUUGGAGCUCGCAUGGUGGACGAGUUUGCAAAGGAUGCCUCAAAAGACCUGACCGAGAUUGCUGAGAUGGUACUUAUUGGCCCUGUUCUCGACAACGAGCACUAUCGCAGGUUGCUGUCGUGCACCAUCACGGCAUUCGACCAGGCUGUGCUUUUGGAUGUAGAUUUGCUGCAAGGUCUGGUGCAAUUGGUCCAGUCUGCUCCCUCCGAGGCUCUGCUUCCUGACGACCUAGUCAAAAUCCUCCAUGUACUCAGAGUUCGUCUGCAGGACACCCACCAGCAGUCGUCUGUUCAUCCUUUCCAUCUCACUUUGGCUGUCUCGAGGCUGCUUGAUGUCAUGGCGGAGCACAAGGUCAAGGACUUGGAUCGAGUUGAGGAACACGAACCUCUGUCUGAGGUGUUGUCGGGUUUGAAGGCUAGCUCAGAUCCCUACUUGAUGUAUCAGGCAUGCUAUGCGUUCCAAGCGCUGCAGUAUGUCCCCAACAAUGAAUCACCGCUGCAGGCCGUUCUCCGACAUUCUACUGGGGUUGUGGAAGGACUCGUCAAGGUCUCGGCGGUAUUUAAGUUGGAUCUGGGAGCAGUUCUCGAAGGACUCGGCAAGCUGCAAGAGACUCUCGGAGGUGUCGUUGAGGUUGCUGGUAGUGUCUAUGAUGGUGCCUGUUCGCUUAUGGAGAGUGGCCGAGGCGUGCUUGAGAGCAUGAAGGAAGGGCUUGGGUCUGGUCAGAAGCGUCCGUGGUACACUGCCGUCCGUGCCGCCUACGCCCUUGCUCAAGCCGGUCAACUCAAGGAUCUCAAUGUUCUCAUCUAUGAGGCACCCUGUCGUCGUGAUCCUUUGUUCCAAUGGGGUAUCUGCCAAUUGCUGGGCGAGAUCGCCUCUGACACCAUCUGGGACACCAGCGUCCGCCUGCACGCCAUCGAUCUUCUUAGAGAGCUGUACAUGACCGAUCCUUUGUGGGGCCAUGAUGAAAGCGUCAGGACUUGGACGCUAAACAUCAUCUGCCAACUCGGAACCACUACUGACCAGGUCGUCAGUGCCAGUGCUCACACCUUGCUCAAGGACCUCAACCAGGAACAAGACACCACCACCCAUCUUCCUUACCCACUCAGGAACCGCCUUCCUCUGCCUGCAACAUCCCCUACGCUCGCUCGCGUUCAAAAUAUCCCUCCUCUUGAGUACGAUCUCCACAAGCACAAAGUCCUGAGGUUGGAGCAGAGUCGCCUGUCACUUUACAUUCAGCCGUUUGCCAAAGCCAGUCUGAGGGCCAAGGACGAAGACACGUUUCCUCUCCUGGAGAAAGUACAGGAGUUCCUGGCAAGCGAGAGUCAAGUGAUGUUGAUCCUAGGUGACUCUGGGUCUGGGAAAUCGACAUUCAAUCGCCAUCUUGAGCAUCAACUCUGGAUCGACUAUAAGCAAGGCGGACCCAUCCCAUUGUUCAUCAAUCUUCCCGCCAUCAAACACCCAGACGAGGACAUGAUCGGCAAGCAGCUGAGGGCCAACAACUUUAGUGAUGACCAGAUCCAGGAGAUGAAGCAGCGCCGCCAACUCAUCCUUAUCUGCGAUGGGUACGAUGAGAGUCAGCAACUGGUCAAUCUGCACCGAACCAACAUGCUGAACCAAUCAGGACAAUGGAGCACCAAGAUGGUCAUCAGCUGCCGUACCCAGUUCCUCGGACCCUCGUACGACGAUCGCUUCAAACCGCUACCAUCAGAUAGCUACGCCGCUGGCUUGCAGGAUCUAUUCCAGGAGGCUGUCAUUGCUCCUUUCUCCAAGGACCAGAUUGAGAACUAUGUCGGGCUGUAUGUGCAGGAUCCACAGACGGCGCUAUUAUUCCAGAACCGAGCUAUGUGGUCGGCGAAGGAGUACAUGGACAAGUUAACAACGAUCCCCAAUGUCAGGGACCUCGUCAAGAACCCGUUCCUCCUCACGCUUGCUCUCAAUGCUCUGCCUCGCCUGGUCGCCUCAAAUAGCAACCUGUCAAGCAUGCGUGUCACCCGAGUCGGACUCUAUGAUAUGUUUGUAAAGCAGUGGCUUGAGACGAAUCAAGUCCGUUUGCGUAUGAGCGCACUGAGCAAGGAAGAACUGAUGGCAUUCAAUUCGCUGAUGGAGGGUGACUUUAUUGGAUGCGGAAUCGACUAUCUGCUGCGUCUGUCUGCAGCAAUCUUUCAGGAGCAGAACGGAAACCCGAUCGUCCAAUAUAUCCAUCGACAUGACAAGGACUCCUGGAAGGCGGCGUUCUUUGGUACUGGUCCCGAGACUAAGCUGCUCCGUGAGGCCAGUCCAUUGAUGCGCACUGGGAAUCAGUAUCGCUUUGUCCACCGGUCCAUGCUUGAAUAUUUACUCUCACGCAUCAUUUACAGCCUGGCUAAGGUUGACGAGCAGGACUUUGACUCCUCAAGUGAGACUACAUCCCCAGCCUCCCUUUCGUCCGACACCAAUGGCCCUUUAUUCCAGAGGGACUUGCUGAAGGAGCCGUCGAUUAUCCAAUUCCUGUGCGACCGCGUGAGGCUCGACCCGCAUUUUGAGCAAUACCUCCGCGCUGUCAUCGACCAGUCCAAGACCGAUUCCAGUGCCACCAUCGCCGCCACCAAUGCCAUCACGGUCCUCGUCAGAGCCGGUGUUGCCUUCCACGGUGCAGAUCUCCGUGGCAUCAAGGUUCCUGGCGCCGAUCUUUCCUACGGCCAGUUCGACUAUGCACAGUUCCAAGGCGCUGAUCUAACGGGUGUUAGUCUUUCAGGGAGUUGGUUGCGGCAAGCGAAUUUGAGCCAUGCGCAGUUGGAGGGCGUCCAGUUCGGGGAGCUGCCAUACCUCAAGGCGGAGGGUCCUGUAAAAGCCUUUGCCUACUCGCCUGACGGAAGGAUGCUGGGAGUGGCGGUAUGGGGUGAAGGCCUUGGCAUCAGUAUUUACGACACCUCCACAUGGGAACGAGUUAAUCUAAUCACAGCUGCCGAGUAUGUCAUAUCUGUUGCUUUCUCGCCUGACAGCCAACGAAUCGCAUCUGGAGACUGGGGGGGAUUGGUUCGGCUGUGGGAUUGCACAAGUGGCGAGGAAUUGUUGACCAUGGAGGGGCACACUGAUCCCAUACGCUCAUUGGCGUACUCGCCUUGCGGCAACCAUAUUGCCUCGGUCAGUGACGACAAAACGGUGCGACUCUGGGAUUCAGGGACGGGAGUGUGCAUCUUUGUUUUGGAAGGCCAUACUGAGUGGGUCGCUAGCGCCAGGUUCUCCCCGGAUGGACGGCAGCUCAUAUCAGGCAGUGGUGAUGGAACGAUUCGGUUUUGGGACUCGGAGACAGGAGAGCCAGGGGUCGUCUUGCGUCCUUCUUUGGGAGAGAUUCACAGUCUUGCCAUUUCUCCAGACGGCCGAUGGAUAGCUUCUGGUCACGGUGACGGCAAUGUGCGGCUGUGGGAUAUGGUCUCCGGUAGCCCAGAUCCUGUUCUACAAGGCCAUACUAACACUGUUAUGGGAAUCACAUUCUCACCCGACGGCCAAUUGGUCGCCACUUCUAGCGACGACUGCAGGGCGAUGUUAUGGGACGCAUCCACAGGCGACAUUAUUUCCACGUUUGACGGUCACUUGACCUAUAUAACCGGCGUUGCGUUCUCUCCGGACGGUCUUACCAUUGCAUCAGGAUCUGGUGACGGAACAGUGCGACUAUGGGAGGCCAGCUCUAGUCCCUCUAGCAUUGCAAUACAAGAUCAGAUCGGCGACUCUUGUCUGGUGACCUACUCUUCCAAUGGCCUAUCUGUACUCUCUAUCGAUAACGUACCUGGCCCCUCUAGGUAUCGCCCUGGUGUUAUCCGACAAGGGAAUGCUACAACAGGAUUGCUCGGAUCAGUGUCGUUUGAGUUUCCGGACCCAGAGAUGAUCAACUGCGUGGCGUUUUCGGCGGACGGCAAUCAAGUCGCGACCGGGUGCGAGGAUGGUUCAGUGCGAUUGUGGGAUUGCAGAACUGGCGCAGCUGGGCUAGUCUUGAAUGGGAAUUCGGGCGCGGUGAAGAUUGUUGCUUAUUCAAUUUGUGGUCGCUGGAUCGCCUCUUGCGACCACCGUAACGUUGUACGAUUGUGGGACCUUUAUGAUACGGAGCAGCAAUGCAUUCUUGUUGGAGAUGGAGACAACAACAAUUGUAUCAAUGACUUGAAGUUCUCACCGACAGGUCAUCAACUUGCAGUGUGCUCGGAGGAUGAGAAAGGUGGGCUUUUCGAUCCACGAACAAGAGUCCUCUUGACGUCCAAGAAGCUGAGGGAGGUCCCAAUCUUGACCCUGGACUACUCGCCCAAUGGUCAACAACUUGCUUUGGGCACAGAGACGUCGAUUGUCUUGUGGGACCUGCAGUCGGACGAGCCUGGUCUGGAAUUGAAGGUCCCUGUCAGUUCGUUUGAGCCCAUGGCUAAAUGCGCGACUGUCGCCUACUCGCCAUGCGGUCAGUUUCUGGCACAAUCUAAGGACUAUAUUCUGCAUCUCUGGUAUCGUCAGUUGGUCGAAGGAGACAUCGAAAGCUGGUCUUGCGCAGCCUCGCUUCGUGUGUUUUCUGCGCUAGUCGUAAGCCUGUCUUGGAAUCCAGUUAUCCCGAAGGAGUUCAUCACAGCCAGCAAUGAUAGGUCUGUCCGAGUAUGGCGAGUGUCGGGCGACGAUGGAACCAUGUCCGUGAAGAUGCUCUGGGGAACCAAUCUUAGGACGCUUUGCACCGCAGGCGUGGUUCUUGAGGGUGCGACUGGUCUGAGUCCAUCCCACCAGGAGUUGAUAUCUCAACGCAGUGCCUUCGACGGGGUGUUGCCUCCGGACUACGAAGGAUCUGACGAUGAGUCUGAAGACGACGAUGGAUCUGACGAUAAGUCUGAAGACGAUGAUGGAUCUGACGAUGAGUCUGAAGAUGAGUAG